CUACCUGUAUCUCGGGCACACGUUUCGUCCAUACAGGUAGACUGUGAGAUCUUCACGCGAUAAGUUCUUGAAUCGAUAUCUUGUGGGCUACUCGAGAGCUACUUUCAGUGACCUACAACAUCAGCUCAUGUGGACUGGCCUGUGACUGUGCCUAUGGUGCUAGAGCUAGAAGGCACACCAAGUUGGGCUUUGAAGCAGCAUUACUAGUGUUAUUGCUCUAAAGCUCACUUGGAGUGGAUCAAUUUGCAUAAGCUUUUGAUCCAUAGAACCUCCAUCUAAGGAGCAAUCAAUUUACAAUAGGUUAGAGGGUGGGUAAGUGGGCUGCUUCUUCACGAAGAUCGAUUGAUCCAAGAAAAGAACAAAAGUGAGGAAUCGGGGCUGCAGAGGUGCAUGCGCCCUUUUCGCGCGAAGCUUCACUACGUGAUCUGGUCCAGGUCUUGGCUUCGAGCGACGCUCCCUUGAGCUUUGCCUCAUUGGCGUCGACACUUCUACUAUAGUACUUCUUUAUGCUGCGCGACCACAAUGGCGUCGAAUGAAGCCAACCCUCCAGAAGGAGAGAUCCCACAAGCUUCGGAUCCCUUGAUCCAUUCUCCGGUGGCCCAGGCUGCAAGUCCCAACAUUCUCGUAGGAAUUGCUGCCAUCUCUGUCACUGCCAUUGUCUUGGUUGCAGUCGUGGUUCCCGUCUUGUUGUUGACCCGAGACGACAGCAGCAGCAAUACUAGCAGCGAAAGCAAUCUACAAGACGGUCUGAUUCGCAUCAACUAUUCGGAAGUGCCUUCCUGGACCCCGUCAUCCAUCCCCUCCUUGGCACCAUCGGCCAGACCAUCCUCUUCCUCUCCACCGUCCUUGGUGCCAUCAAUGUCACCUUCUGCCAACCAAACAAAUGACACUCUUCCAUCGGAUGAUGUCUUUAUAGACGACGACGAUAGCAGUGUCCUGGUAGACGACUUUUUUGGAUUUGGAGAUGCCCUUGUCCCCGAUGAGAUCCGUACUACACCCAUGGAUCCGUAUGUCAAGGCAGACUGUGACUUUUACGACAAGCUCCAGCCCCAUGUGAUAGCACAAUGUCAGUGCGAAGGAGCCAUUUCCAUUUUGGCGGAAGACAUUUUACAGUUAUACCAACAACUCAAGACGUAUCUGUUGCCACAAUUAUAUCUCACUCCGCAUCGAGUGACAAGUUGCCACCCACAAAAUCAAGCGCUCGUGUGGUUGUCCAGUGGAGAUACACGAAGGGGAGGGGACCUGGUCCAACGAUUCUUGUUGGCAACGGCCUAUAUUGCCAUGAAUGGCACGGAUUGGGAAUAUCAAAACCUGUGGCUAUCAGAUGCCAAUGAAUGCGUGUGGUUGGGGUUGUUUUGCAAUGACCGAUAUCAGGUGGAGUCUCUGGCCUUGGAACGAAACAAUGCCAUGGGAACGAUCCCCACAGAACUACAGCUGAUGCGGGGAUUACAGACUCUUUCCAUAACUGGUUCCGGGAUGACAGGUGAAAUCCCCGCGGAUCUCUUCCGCCUGCCAAAUCUCAAAGUGUUGUGUUUGUCUUCCAAUCAACUCACUGGCAGCAUUCGUACUGAGAUUGGACUUGCCACCAAUCUAGAAGUACUGAAAGUGGACAGUAAUUGGCUGUAUGGAUCCUUGGUUUCGGAAAUGGGAUUGCUGACCAAACUACGGUUGCUUUCUGUUGGGUUCAAUACAUUUGUUGGAUUCAUUCCCGGCGAACUGGUACAAUGCACUAAAUUGACUUCCCUGACAUUGGAAAACAACCGCUUCUCAGGCACCUUUCCCACAACCAUUGGACACCUGACUUCUUUGGUGGAGCUUUUCAUGGCAGACAACCUGAUGACAGGUUCACUUCCAACAGAAGUUGGGUUGAUGACAAGCUUGAGUGAAAUUCGGCUGACAAAUAUCGGCAUGCAUGGUCGACUUCCCACAGAGAUUGGAUUGCUGACAGACUUGUGGAGAGCAGACCUUGGAGGUCAAAUCUUGACUGGAACAAUCGUGACAGAACUAGGAGAGUUAUCCAAGCUGGCCUAUUUCACAUUGAAGCAAAACGAUAUCACGGGAACUCUCCCUACCGAGCUGGGUAGACUGACCAGCAUGGCUCGUUUGGAUCUACGGGAGAUGUAUUUGUCAGGCACUAUUCCAUCCGAGAUCGGAGCAAUGACCUCAUUAGAGGACCUGAUUUUAGAUUUCAAUGACAUUAUCAGCACAAUUCCGUCAGAAAUUUGCAACUUGCGGUGCUCCUGCAAUUCUUCCCUGCAAAAUUUCAUUGUAGAUUGCCCAACAAGGCAAGGAAGGGGGGUUGGUAACUAUACCCCAGGUGGCAUUGAUGCACUGCUAUCAGCUGAAGGAAACUGUUUCUCCUUUUGUAGAAAAGGAAACUAAUGGGGGCUGGCUGCAUUGUUGCAAGAGACAGUUAGGGAGCUGGUGAAAGCAUUGAUUGUUGCAUGUGACCUGCGAAGCUAAACGAAAUUGUGUCACUAGCUAGGACUCAGACUUCUGUGAUGCAUCAGUCUGGGGUGGAUUGCACUUCCAGUAAUUGCUAUGAUGUGUGAUUUCUUCUGACGGGAUUCGGCCUGUGAAUGAUAUACUG